AUAAAAAUAGUGAAACAAUCUCGCGUAUUUUCGUCACGCUUUUUGACGGUACACAGUGUUUGACAAACACUACGAUAAAACAACGCGAAUGUUCUCACGUUUGACAUUUCUAGACAUUAAGCUUCGAGGUGAUUAACAGAAAGAUGUUGAUAUUGUUCUGGCAAAGAGCAAUAUUAUGAUCACUUCACUAGGAUAGUUUGUCAAUUGAACCUCUGAAGAGCCAGUACAAUGUCUCAUUGCGACAGCGAGGCAGGAACACCAGGGUUCCAUCAGCUCAGUAUUACAAUCGAAGCUGCAGUGCUGAGAAGCUCAUCGUUUCUGAAGCCAAAUCCAUACAUCGAAUUUUCGGUAGAUGACAAAAGUCCACGGAAGACAGAAGUUUCAAAAUCAACCUGUCAGCCGAAAUGGAACGAAGAAUUUACGAUCUUAGUUACACCUUAUUCAAAACUUCACUUUCGCUUAUUGGAUCACAGCACUUUUCGCAAGGAUACCCUUAUAGGAGAAAAGCGUAUAAGUCUGUAUCAAAUAUUGUCGCAUUACAAUGGCAAACUAGAAAAUCUUGAGCUCACUCUCGAUCUUAUGAACGAGAGUAAGCAUGAUUCGCAGCUCACAAAGGUCUGUGAAUUGGUCACACUUUUUGAUGGUCUCAAAAUUGACAUGACGGGAAUUCCUCCGUCCACCGCUGAACAUAUGCGCCAGUCUCAAUGCUCUGUUGCAGGAGCUACGUUACCUCUUGGUGCCUCAAACAGUGAUAUGACAAAUAAUCGCAGUAUUCUAAACGGUGGAAUAAGAGCUCUGAUGCGAGGUCAAGGUACGGAAAACACAGCUCCUUCGACGGUGCAGCCAGCAAUGGUACAACGAAGUUCUUCGAACAUGCUUCACGAUCCUGCUUAUAAUAAUACAGUUGUUGGUGCGCCGUACAUGGACAUGAACAACGCCCAAAUAGUUGAAAGUGGAAUGUCUUUGGUAGGGAAUGAUUCGACGACGAUCCACAAUAACGCCGACGGUAAUAACACGGCGUUGGCGAUUGCGCCGGCGAUUCAACCCGCGGCACAAUCCGGUUCCUCAGUUCCCACGGUCGAGGGUGAAAAUGCAACAGCAGCCGAGGAACCUUUACCUGCAGGCUGGGACAUGAGAUACGACGUUUAUGGACGACGAUAUUAUGUCGAUCACAAUACACGCAGCACGUCGUGGGAACGACCUCAACCGUUGCCUCCCGGAUGGGAGGUACGUCGUGAUCCGCGAGGUAGAAUAUAUUACGUUGAUCAUAACACGAGAAGUACAACAUGGCAGAGACCGAAUACCGAGAGGCUUCAACAUUUUCAACAUUGGCAGGGAGAACGGCAGUACGUCGUUCAACAAGGAAAUCAACGUUUUCUUUAUCCUCAUCAGGUUCACGGAAAUCAACCGGUGGUUGCCGGACCUUCGAUCCAAAACGUCGACGAAGACGAUGCGUUGGGACCUUUGCCUGCUGGAUGGGAAAAACGAAAACAGCCUGAGGGACGAGUCUAUUACGUUAACCAUAAAAACCGAACGACUCAAUGGGAAGAUCCUCGUACUCAGGGACAAGAAACGGGCAUCGACGAACCACCUUUACCGGACGGUUGGGAAAUUCGUCUUACGGAAGAUGGUGUUCGAUACUUUGUCGAUCAUAAUACUAGAACUACUACAUUCCAAGAUCCACGACCAGGAGCUCCAAAGGGACCAAAAGGUGUUUUCCGCGUACCUCGAGCGUACGAAAGAUCAUUCCGUUGGAAGCUCUCGCAAUUCAGAUUUUUGUGUCAAACGAACGCAAUGCCGAAUCAUAUUAAAAUCAGUGUCAGUAGACAAACCUUAUUCGAAGAUUCUUAUCACCAAAUAAUGAAUGCGGAGGCUUUUGCUCUGCGUCGAAGAUUGUAUAUAAUCUUUAAAGGAGAAGAGGGCCUGGAUUAUGGUGGAGUUUCAAGAGAAUGGUUUUUCCUCCUGAGUCAUGAAGUUUUAAACCCGAUGUACUGCCUCUUUGAGUAUGCAAACAAGAGCAAUUACAGCCUGCAAAUAAAUCCGGCAUCUUAUGUUAAUCCGGAUCAUUUGCAAUAUUUCAAAUUUAUCGGCAGGUUUAUCGCGAUGGCUCUAUAUCAUGGACGUUUCAUAUACAGUGGUUUCACCAUGCCUUUUUACAAGCGUAUGCUCAACAAAAAGUUGAUUAUGAAAGACAUCGAGUCCAUAGAUCCUGAAUUUUACAAAUCACUCGUUUGGAUUAAGGAAAAUAACAUCGACGAGUGUGGCCUAGAACUUUAUUACAGCGUUGAUUUUGAGAUUCUAGGACAAGUAAUACAUCACGAAUUGAAAGAAGGCGGCGAUAAGAUCAGAGUCGUCGAAGAAAAUAAGGAAGAAUAUAUGAGGUUAAUGACUGAGUGGCGAAUGACGAGGGGAAUCGAAGAACAGACCAAAGCGUUUUUGGAAGGCUUUAAUUCAGUUGUCCCUCUCGAAUGGCUUAAAUAUUUCGAUGAACGAGAACUCGAGCUCAUGCUAUGCGGCAUGCAGGAAAUCGAUGUCGAUGAUUGGCAGAGAAAUGCUAUUUACAGGCAUUACACGAGAAAUAGCAAACAAGUUUUGUGGUUUUGGCAGUUUGUGAAAACGACUGAUAGCGAAAAACGUGCAAGGUUAUUGCAAUUCGUGACAGGCACGUGUCGCGUCCCCGUUGGUGGAUUUGCUGAAUUAAUGGGAAGCAAUGGACCUCAAAGGUUCUGUAUUGAAAAAGUUGGCAAGGACACGUGGCUUCCGCGAUCUCACACGUGUUUCAAUAGACUGGAUCUGCCACCAUACAAGAGCUACGACCAAAUGGUAGAAAAGUUGAAUUAUGCGAUCGAGGAAACCGAGGGAUUCGGUCAAGAAUAGUAUCGUCGAACAAGAAGAAGAUAAAGAAGACAUCCCUCGAGUCACAGUUAUGAAAAUUGCUAAAACUAUUCAGGAAAGAAUAGGACGAAAAGGGAAAGUGGGUCGUGCAUCUCGCAAUCCGAUAGCUCGGUGUGGAAAUUCGAGAGAAAAAGAAUCGUCGAAAGCCCCAAACAAAGUGGGCCGAAGUGAAAAACCAAUGUCGAUGAUCUUUGGGAGAUGAACGUUCGACGAUGUGUAUAAACUAUAAAAAAAAAAAAAAAUAGACUGUCAUCGCUAAUAAUUCAGAACAUAGGUGAUACGUCUAUCUAGCGUGGUUUUGUCGCAAGAAUCGUGGAAAAUAUUUAGUUAAUUAGCCAAAUUCGGUCCCACCGGUUGUUCACGACUCCAGAGAACAAAACGAAAAAUACACGAACAAACUUGAAGACUAAAAAUGAAGAACAUUGUCUCGAAGAGAAUGUCUUCGAGAUGCACUUCCGGGGUGCGCGCAAGAAAAAUAUAUCAUCGCCCAAAAAUUCCCAACACUUUUGUUCCUAAAUUUUCGUGAUUUCGUGGUGAAGACAAAAAGAAAAAAUAGCCAGUAGGUAACUCAGGCCCAACGACCAGACGAUGAAUUCAUUUUCACCAAUAAACUUUCCAAUUUUUGUAGACUUUGAUUCCCGCUGUGAUCGAGACUUUGCCUCAAAAUCCGACAAGAGUCUCGAAAGCGAAUUAUUCUAGGUCUCUUCUCCUGAUAUCUUUUUUCUCUGGUGUGGGCCUCGGUUCGUCAUUAAUAGGGAUUUAUCGUCACGAUUGAAAAUUUAUCUUGGUAUAUAGACAUUGUAUAUAACGGAGCUAGAUAUAACUGUCGUAUUUAUCGUGUCGUAGAUAAGUGACAAUUUUAUACACUGUCUGAGAGAGAAAAAGGAAAAAAGAACGGCUUUCUUUCGUUGAUAAUAAAGUGACUGAAUUGCAGCAAGCACCAUAAAGAAACAUGUAAAACAGAAAGCAGAGGAACAUUUGAGAACGGUAUCAUUGAUGAAAAAAUUCUUUUAAUUAUAGUUUGAUGUUCGGAUGGUGAUAAAAUUGAUUGCUCGUUUACGGCAAAUUAUUUGUAUAUACGUUUACUUGCGCAGGCAAAAUGAAUAAGAAAAUUAUACAUAAAUGAACUUGUGUAUAUAUCACAAGAAUGUAUGCGAAUUGUGUCGAAUUUGUAAAGAAUAUUUUUGUCACUUCGACGUCCCCUUUUUUCCGCACAACACCGAAUCGACGCAAUUUCCACAUGUUUUUUCACAUACUUUAAUAAUGUCUCUGUCGAUUCAAGUUGUACGAGGAAAAAGGUGUCGAAAAUUACAAAAUGAAGCUGUCCGUCGACGGAUGAGCGAGUGAGAUCUUAUUUGAGUACACUAAAAAAUUAUUCCAGGAUAUCUAUUUGAGGACUGUGUCUGAAUUUUUGGGAGUGAAACAAAGAUAAUAGUAUUUAAACGCAAAUUAAAUGAAAACGUGAAAAAGUACCUCUAUGGUUUAUUUUUUGAUUCAAUUUACUUGUUUUCGUUCGACAUACUGGUUGCUUCGUCGUUCCUCAUUUUGUAUCAUUGCAAAAUCGUCAUCGGAAGACUCAUUUCAAACUAUCGAACUAAACAAGUAGGCGUUAAAAUGAUUAUUUAGUCCGCCUAACUGAAAUAUCCAAACCAAGUACUUUUUCUAAACAAAGUUAAAUAGAAAAAAUUGUAAUGUCACCACACAAAUAAGUUUCACUGAAUAAAAGAAUGAGAUUUCAGGUUGAACCCAACCACGAAUACUGAUGUUAAAAAUGUCACAAUAUUUCAAUGCUGCAUCGAUCGAAUUUGAGAAAUAAUCGUCAAUAUUGUUAUUCAUCGACAACUGUUUUAAACAGGAAUGAAUGGAUUUUUUGCUUUUUAUUUGGCUGAAGAUACUGAAAAAUAUUUGUAAAUACGUACAGUGAGCGACGAAAGUAUUCGUUCACAGGAUAUGUUAAACCAAAUGCCCUCUGUACGAAUAUACGUCCCACUGUAUAUACGUGGCCAAAAUCGCAUUGGAUCCUUCCAGCACGUGAUAUCCUUAGCAAUAGACAACUGGACGACGAUGAAUAAUCUCAAAAAAAAUCAAUCGCACAGCUCUUUAAGUGCACACGAAAAACCGUUAUUGCAUGACCAGCUAUUUCGUCAUUACUUUCAAAACGAAGAAGUCUACAACACUUGAAAUAUUGCAGGAAUACGAGAAAUCGAUGAAGAAAAAAAAACGAGAGUUCUUUUUAAAUGGCCCAGUUGCGCAUAGAAUUAUAUUUAUUAGACUGUAUAUAUACAUAUGUUCCGUGUACAGUAUAUAACUAUAUACAAUAAAUAAAAAUGAAUUUACGGUUGGAAA